AUGGCUCAAUACCUGUUCAAAAUAGGUGACCACACACCUUCUGCCUGGGAACAAAAGGGUGUCGCCAUCGCUUGUUAUACCCUGGUCACGUUGUGUAAGAGAAAAUCUCCAGUCAAAACUGGAACAAUGUCUGACAGCUUCCCAGUAUUGAUCUUUCACACCAAGACCUCCUACCGUAUAUCUAAUAUCAUUGGUAUUAUCAAGGUUCUGACAUUAAUAUUCAUUGGCAUCACUGGCUUGGUCGUCUUGGGUGGCCACACCAGAGUUCAAGAUCCUCAUGCAAAUUUCAGAAAUGCCUUCGAAGGCAAGACGACUGGGUACGGCUUGACAAACAGUUUGGUCAAGAUCAUCUUCUCGUAUGCCGGCUACGAGAAUGCUUUCAACAUCGUCAAUGAGAUUCAAAAUCCUGUAAAGACGAUCAAGAGGAAUGCAUCGUACUCAUUGGUCAUCGUGACAGUGCUUUAUAUACUUGCAAAUGUUGCUUACUUUGCGGCUGUACCAGUCAACGACAUCAAGAAGUCGGGUGUGACGGUUGCAAGUCUCUUCUUCACCAAUGUCUUUGGGCAUGCCAAAGGCGUCAAAGUCUUCAACCUGCUCAUAGCCUUGAGAGUGUUGCCAUUUCCGAAGUUUUGGGCGUCCACAAAGCCUUUUGGCACACCAAUCGGACCGUAUCUGGUGAAAUGGGGUGUCACGAUCAUCAUGAUCCUUGCACCUCCAGCUGGUGAUGCUUUCAAUUUCAUAACUGACUUGCAGACUUAUCCCGCUGCAGCAUUCGCAUUCACAAUGUCAGUGGGUCUGUACAUGGUGUGUUACCGGCGCAAGAAGUUGGGUGUGCCGAGAAGCGAAUUCCGUGCAUGGGAUGCUGCUGUGGUAUUCACAAUUCUCCAGAACAUGUACUUGCUCAUCAUGCCUUGGUAUCCUCCAACAGGAGGCGCAACGGGUGGAGACGUCAGCUUCUGGUAUGCGACUUACUGCGUCACGGGGAUCGGAAUUCUUUUGCUCUGCGGAGUGUAUUACUACUUGUGGUUGUAUGUGCUUCCCAAAUGGGGCAAGUACCGCAUCAUGCAAGAAGUCAUGGUGCUCGAAGAUGGAUCAAGCACCAAUUCGCUGGUCAGGGUGGCGUUGAAGGACUUGUCGCAGUGGAGCCAAAGCCAUGAUGAGGCGGGUAGAGCAGUUGUGACGGGUGUUCGUGUCGAGGCGAAGAACGAAGGCCGUCCUGAACAGGUGUAG